UGUACACACGACUCAACGGUAACCCGUCUCAACUCAGCCUCUUCAGCACGGCGGGCAAAAGUCCAUUCCUGUCAAGCUCCGAAGUGCCUAAUCGGUAACGCUCAACCCAGAGGCGUAUCGUUCUCGAGCCAUAGUGGUCGCGUCACUGACGCCUCGAAAGCCAAGCUCUGACACAUUCAUCGAGUUAUAAUACUCCGUGUUGCGGGGCCAACUCCGUGGGAAAAAGCCGGGUGUCUUGAGGAAAGCGAUCUGUUUCUCCUGGAUAGUCCAUGUUAUACCACCAUCUUCCAAUGCCUCAGGACAGGGACAAACAACGGGGUAAGGCCAUCGUCGUCGAUGGAGAUACUCCUGGUCCUUCGGGCGGUCAGCAGGCGGCACCCAGAAAACUGACUGCUGUCGCUUGUAUCGACUGUCGCAAACGGAAGCGAAAGUGCAAUGGUGAGCGCCCGUCAUGUUCUGCCUGCCAGACUAGAGGAUUGUCAUGCACGUAUGAUGUUAUCGAAGGCGCAACACGAACAGAGGACCUGAAACAAAGGGUCUCGUUGUUGUCGUUGAGAGUGCGAAAUCUUGAAUUGUUUGUCAACAAGUUGAGAUAUAGCACCGACAACGAAGCAAGCGCCAUACUCGCCCAGCUUCGGCUUGGAGACACGAUCGAUGGCAUCCUUGGCGUUGACAUGGCUGAGGGUCCUUCAGACUUGAGCGAAGUGGAUCAGUGGAAAGAACAGGCAAUACCCACGCUUAGAAGCGUGUCGACGUUUGGCAUUGGACUUGCUCACAAUCCAGCAGGUCCAUCCUUGCUCACCAGCGUCCCUCUGUACGAGUCGUCUCGUUCGGAACGAAGCACUAGCCUCGCAGCCAGUAGCCCCGGGCCGAUCGACGGGACCAAUCGAGAAGCAAGCCAUGAUUCCCCUUGGGCUGCUACCUUGUUCGUCGAAGUCGACUCGCAACAUCUGUUGUAUGAAGAUGACCCGUAUCCCAAGAUGGCAGGCCUCAAGCAGGAACCAUCUCCUAUUCUUGGUAACAUCGGCCCAGAAUCGGCCUACCUUAUGGGCAAUCACAAGAAACUCUGGAUUGAUCCCACUCUAUCGUCUACAGCAGGCUCGACUUCAGGUCCAGGGUCGGUCGCGCUGGAGAGACACGAAAAGGUCCUUGAGGAAUACCGAACAAGACGCGACCUGCUCAACAAGAGUCGUACCGGCGCCGACUACGUCACCAUCUCGUCCAACCUAUUCAGCACUGUUGGCACAGUCUCCCUAUCGGUGCCCUUGAGUCCACAGCUGCUUGGUGUGCAUGACCUGAUUGCGCCCGCGUGGUCAGUCAUGUCCAGGUACCGCAACGACAACCCGGACAUGAUGUCAAGAAUCUACCUCGACUUCAUCAACGAGGCCAAGCGUCUGAUAACUAGCGGAGUUGCUCCAGAGCGCUUGUUCGGCACCCUCCCUGACGUCGAAGCAUUGGUGAGUGAGCUCGCGUACCAGAGAGCAUCACUCCUUUCCCAGUGGACCGCCAGACUUGCCAACAGUUUCGGAGUUCCAUUGUUGUCAUGUCGCAUGGCAUUGAUGUGGCUUCAAUGGCUACUCAUACGAUGGAUCAUCCACCCGAUUCCGGAAACCUAUCUCGCUAUUCCAGAUUGGUACAGACCUACACCCUACCAAAUGUUCGUUCCGCACCCAGUCUACGUCGACUUCCAUCUGUGGCCCAGGCUUCGGGAUACAGUCAUCCAGCGCAUCGACUUGCAAUGCCAAUCAACAUACUGGUACUCCGAGUCUGCCACGACCAUUGAUUGUAACUGGCCUGGAGGGGAUCAGGAUGCCAUGUGCUACGAUAGCAAUGGGCGAUUGACGCUGGCACCUGCCUUCGUUCAACACUUGAUGGAUCUCGGCAACUGGAGUGUUGGGCCCGUCAUUCGGAAGCAUAUCCCGGAUGCAUGUACUGUCCUCCAGGUCAAAUACGGUCCGAUGUAAUGAAGAGGCGGAAGCAAGAGCCAGCAGAACAUCAGCAUACACAAAGGACAUGCAUGCCACGGCGCUGUUGCAACCAAAAGAUUUCUAAUACAAGUCCAUCAAAGCGGUCGCGCUGUCGAGAGACCCUCAACAACAGUAGCAUCGGUGCAAGGCUUCUCUAUCGUUCUACCACGACGACGACAAGAGCGCGUUACGUAUACGUUUUGCACUGGAAGGCGUCGACGAGUCGUGACGGUGGUGGAGUUGAAGGAGCUUGAACGUCUGGAAGUGCCGUCGAGAAACAACAACGAUAACAGGAGUCCGUGCCGAUGGCAAUCGGGCCGUAAGACCGCCUCCGAAGCUCCUAUUGAGGUGAUUACAGACCAAGGAGCUGUGUAUCAAUCAGUGUAAUGACAAAAUCUGCGAUCGUCCUACAUAAACACCUUCCUUGCUGCACUCGCUGCCCUCGUCCGCCCACCCGCUCGCUCGCUCGAAACGA